UAUAUAUUCAAUUUUCAACUUUUAUUUAGUGUAGUCGAGUUCGCAAAUUUGGAAUCACUUAGUAGAUUUUGUGCCCUAUUUUGCUUCCUUUUUGUUUGUGUGUGUGUGUGUGUUGUCUCCGCAACCAAAUCUAUUUGAGAAAGACUGGUCGCAGUAAACAUGAACUCAACCGUCGAGUUAUCAUCAGAGCAAAUAUUCUCAUACAUCGUUGUGAUUGUCGCCUUCUUUACCACACUGAUCACAGUUUUCGCGAAACGUUACCGCUUAGGAUCUGUUCGGAGGCUUCCUCCGGGACCGCCGGGAUGGCCUGUCAUCGGAAACUUAGCCGGAAUGAUCAAGAACCGACCAGUCCACAAGUGGAUGCACCGUGUCAUGGACGAGAUGAAGACGGAUAUAGCAUGUUUCCGUUUCGGAAACGUCCACGUCGUCACCGUGACGUCGAAAGAGAUUGCUCGGGAAGCCCUCGUGGAUAAGGACGAGGUUCUUGCCGAUAGACCAGAGAUGUACUCGUCGGGGCAAAUGAGCGGCGGAUUCAAGACGCCGGUCUGUUCAAGAUACGGACAACAGUGGAAGAAGAUGAGAAAACUGAUGACGUCAGAGUUGAUGUCACCGGGAAGGUUGAAGUGGUUACUCGAUGCAAGAACAGCGGAAGCGGAUAACAUCCUAGCUUACGCCCACAGCCUUUACAAGCAAAGUUCGAAGGCAGUAAACGUGAGAGACAUCACCAUGACGUAUGCCCAUGCAGUGGUCAUGAGAAUGAUGUUUGGUCGGAGGCAUUUCAAAGAAGAGGCGAUGGACGGAGAGAUGUCUCCGAUGGAGAGGGACCACCUCGAGGCGACAUUCAAGGGGUUAGGUUGCCUCUUUAGCUUUAGCGUAUCCGAUUAUGUUCCUUUUCUGAGGGGUCGGGUUUUGGACGAACGUGAGAAGAUGGCAAGAGAGGCCAGCCAUCUUAUGGACAAGUACAACGAACUAAUCAUCGAUGAGAGAAUCAAGUUGUGGAGGGAGAGAGAUGGAAAGAAGGAAAUCGGAGACUGGCUCGAUAUCUUCGUGUCCCUAAACGACGAUGAAGGGGAGCCAUUGCUUACACCCGAAGAAAUCAAAGCUGAAUGCAAGGAUAUUUUCCUUGCGACGAUAGAUAACCCGACAAACAACGUGGAGUGGACACUCGCAGAGAUGUUAAAUCGGCCCGAGACACUUGAAAGAGCAACGGAAGAGCUCGAUGAAAUAGUCGGAAAAGACAGACUUGCACAAGAAAGCGACAUACCUAAACUCAACUACAUAAAAGCUUGCAGCAGAGAAUCUUUCAGACUCCACCCCGUUUCACCGUUCGUACCUCCUCAUGUGGCAAUGGAGGACACGACCCUCGCCGGUUACUUCGUCCCCAAAGGUAGCCAUGUCCUUGUGAGUCGGGUCGGGUUAGGUCGGAACCCUAAGAUAUGGGAUGAGCCAGAUGUGUUCAGGCCCGAGCGCCACCUCGGCUCAACAGAGGUGAACCUUCUCGAGCCGGAGAUGAGGUUCGUCUCGUUCAGCACUGGCCGGCGUGGCUGCAUAGGCGGUAAACUCGGGACAUAUAUGACGGUGAUGUUGUUGGCGAGGCUUCUCCAAGGUUUCACUUGGAGCCUCCCUCCGGGUUCAGAGCGGGUCGAGCUCAUGGAGUCGGACACCAAAUUGCUCAUGGCUAAGCCUCUGUCUGCGUCAGUGGGUCCCCGGUUAGCUCCACAUAUGUAUCCCAAGUUUCAACGCUGAGGAAAAUUAUAUACUGUCCUCUUGAUAUAAAUAUUUACUUUUUUACUAAAUUAGGUGGAUUCGACUUCUUCAUUUAGUUUUUUGGUCGACCUUUUGAGAGUUCAACGUAGAGUAAUUACAGUUACGUAUUCUACAUUACCACACAAAUAAAACUACGUAUUUUUA